UACAUAUGAAUGGGGUUUGUUUUGAUCUUGAAAUGAGUGUCAAUACGGGACUUAUGGUGUGGUUUUCUUGAAAUCCACCCAGAUCCGUUUGUCAAUGAAACCAAUCCAAGUAAUGGCAACAGUAUUGAGAGCUGAGAUGCGAUCCAUCGACCAGGCAGGGCGAGUGACAUUCGCCAGCUUGAAUCAUUGACAGGCGGAGACCAACGGCAAGAUUGAAAUAUGCUGGAGGUUGCUGUACUGUCGUUGCUGUUGGGGGUAGCGCUGACCCUGGUUCUACAAUUUCUGUGGGUGAAGAGCAAGCUUGGUCAGCUGCCCUCCUUGCCCCCACCGGUCAAGGAACAGUUCCCUAAAGUUCAGAUUCCCCAAAGUCUGAAGGAGAAAUGCAGUCGAGAGGACCUGUCUCAUCAGAAGGAGCCAUGCCUCUGGUUCAACCUCGUCACUCACUUCCUGUUCCAAGAACUUCGUGACACACAGGAAGUUCGGAGGUGGCUGAUGAAGAAGAUGAACCUGGAGUUCGCUGAGCUGUUGCAGACGAUGUCGGGAAAGUUCGUCGACCAGAUCACUGUGCAGAACUUCAGUCUGGGCAACAACUUCCCGGUCGUCAACAACGUCAGCGUUCGGAAUGUCUCCAUCACCGAUGAUGGGACCGAGGAGCUGGACCUCGGUGUGGACAUCGACUAUGCAGGGGGCUUCCAGCUGGCAAUAGACAUCCUGCUGUUGUUCAACAAGUCUGCCUACCUGUCUGUGGUCGUGAAGAAACUGAAGGGGCCAGCUCGACUCCAGCUGACUCGGAAACCCUACACUCACUGGUCCUUCUCCUUCUGUGAGGAUCCUGAGGUGGAGUUUGAGGUGGAGUCCCAGUUCGAGGGGAAAGGAUUGCCCCAAAUAACAAACUUCAUAAUCAAUCAAAUAAGACGCAGUAUUAGAAAGAAGCACACCCUUCCUAACUUCAAGAUGCGCUUCAAACCGUUUUUUCUCCAACCCUCACUAACCCGUCCACUACGUGAGUUCCGUGUGAGUGGGCAGAAUAUCAGCGUUGGCCGACUUCGAGUUAGGAUAGAAUGCUCAAGACUACUUAAAACACCGAAAGAUGCCAAACUGUACUGUACAAUAUCUGUUGGUAAGUGUAAUUGGAAGGAGCUUGUGAACCGACAUCAGAGGGUCUGGGUGUCCCAUGAUGUGGAGGUCGCUAAGGGCACUGCUACGUCCAUCGGCAUGACAUUCAGAGAGGAGAAUCUGCUGGCCAGGUUUGAUCUGGUUGUCAUGGUGGACAGUGUUGCACCAGAGAGCCCGGCAUCAAUGGCAGACAUCAAGAAGAAUGAUGUGCUUGUUGCCGUGGGAACAACAAAGAUUACAUCCUGCAAGCAGGCUGCGAAGCUAAUGAGGAACGCUGGAGAGAGGUUUACAAUACGUCUUGAAAGGCCACAACUGAAGAUGUCACAAGAAGUCAAGUUCUUCGAGGAGACAUUACCUUACAAGGACACGGAGACAGAUGGCAUGGAAGAUGUGCAGUCCAACGAAGACAGCGAAGACUUCGUUCACAUCAGUUUCAAAAACACACAAGACUCGGACUCAAGCUCUGCUAAGUCUCUGAAACUGGACAAAGGGUCAAAUCUGUCUGUCCCUGCACAAAGUGACUUCCGACAGCGUGCCAAGACUUCCACGUCCCAACACUCAGCAGAGAGUAGUCCUAUUCGCCUCGGACAGCGCAAGUCAGAUCCACGACUUCAGUCAGGGGAGGGCACUUUGGGUGCCAGACUUGAUGGUUCUCCACGGCGGGAGAGAGCCGAGAGCGAUCCAGGGUUUGCUCCCAAGACCCUGGCUGAUGAUGUUGACAGUGUAAACAGUGGUGAUGUUGACAGCGAUAGUGAUGACGAUCUUUACAACGUACAGAAGAUUCCCGGAGGUGCCUGCAAUCCCAAGUGGAACAAGGAAGUGACCUUUGACCUUGGUGAACAACAACGCUACCUGAAUGUUUGUGUGCGCUGCAAGAUCCCUGAGAAGGUGGACAAGAGUGACCGGGUCAUUAAGGCCACAAGGGACCUGCUGCUCGGACACGUGAGUCUGCCGCUGUCUGACAUCACGCUGUACUGUCUGAUGACGAUGCAGGGGGACACACAACAGACUAUGUACCUGUUGCCAGGGGAGAUGAAAGCAGGAGCCAGUCGCCCCAAGUCGGAAAACUGGGCAAACCACCCAGGGUUUGAGCCAGACUUGUGUUACGGUGACAUCAAGCUCGGGUUCCACUUCACCCCACUCAAGUUAUCAGACCUGGACCGGUGCCGGAUCCCCAAAGAGUCAGUCGACCCCAGCGUUGUCGAGUGUCUCAGUGCCAAGGAGGCUGCUGUAGACGAUGUUGUCAGAGAUGUCCCACAGACCACCAAGCUUCCAUCUGAAGGUCUCCACAGUUUGACCUUGACCCAGUUUCAGUCGGCCACCUACUGCAACUUCUGCGGGAAGAAGAUCUGGAUGAAGACGGCUUACCAGUGCCGAACCUGUUCCAUGAUUUGCCACAAGAAAUGUGUCGACAAGUGUCAGAAUGAGACGCUUUGCACAAAGGAGGGUGCCAAGAAACGAAGCCAACCAACGGAGGAUUGGAAGACACCUGUGACAGUGCGGAAGAAAGUUUCUACUGAGGAGAGUCGAACUGGACGCCUCCUGAGCAAGUUCCGCACCAAGGACACGUCCAACCUGGUGCCUAAGUUAGAACAACAAUCAAAGAGCCCAAGUGCAAGCCCUGUGUUAAGUCGGAAGAUGACUGAUCAAGCCACAUCGCCUAAUCCUUCCCCACGCCCCUCUCCUCGACCCUCCCCUCGACCCUCUCCACGUCCCUCACCCCGCCCCAGCCCCACCCCACCUAGGAGGUUUCCAUUCUUCAAACAGGACCCAGACUCUACAAUGGAUGCACGCGAUGCAGCUGACAGUUCCUCGGAGUCGGAUGAGGAGAAGAAAAGUGUCCUGAAGAUGAUACAUGACCAGCAGACCAAGAUCAAAGGCAACAACUUAGACGAGACGGUCGUCACGGCUGCCAAACAGAUGGGUCGCGAACUGUUCGUGGAACUCCAGGUGGAGGAACGGAAGCAGAAGUUGGAUCAGAUGGUGUCCAAGCUGCAGCAGGAGAUCGACCAUGAGACAGACAACAAGGGCACCUUGUGCCGAGCAGCCAAGGAGACCACAGACCACAUCCAGCGCCGAUUCCUGGAGAAUCAAGUGAGCAAAUCUGACGAGAAGAUCGAGGCCAUGAUGAUGUUGCUGCUGCAUUACUGUGCCGGUCUACAGCACUGUCUCGAUGCUGAGGAGGAGGAGAGGCAGAAAGGGGGACAGCAAAGGGAGAUCACUCUGCAGGGGGAAGAAAGGGAAGCAACUACAGCAGAAGACAUAUCAGGGGAGGUUACUAGUUUAAGUGAGGACCAAGGGGCAGGGGCUCUACCCACAAACCCAUCGACCAAUGGAAAUGUGGAGGAUUUGGAUGAUGACGAAGAUGAUGAAAAUGAUGAGGAUGAUGAUGAUGAUGAUGAUGAUAAUGAUAAUUUGGAAGAAUUCAGACAAAUCAGGACACAGGGACCAGCUGAAGAAAUUGUGUGAAGAAAUGGCAGAAGAUUUUGUUUUGUUACCCAAUUAAGGUCUUUUUGCAAUAGCUGUAUAGUUGCCUCGGCAAGUACUUACAUGAAAUGUCUUAGGAUAUAUAGACAUAGCUGUUGGUAUCAGCAUAUCUAGAUCAGGUGCUUGUCUAGCUGAAAAAUCAGGUUACUUGUAAACUACAUCUGAUAGAAUAUUUGGCUGUUCAGAUUUCAUGUUUACAGGAUAGUCCUUUGUUUUCAUGUUUCCCUUGAGUGCAAGUUUAUGUUUUCUAUGCUGAUGUAAUGUGUGAAUAGUGUCGAACCGGUACUGUGUCGCUGAGACAAGGGAGAUAACUAGUGUGUGUACAAUAGAUAUGCAUCAUGGGAUGAGAAUAUUUUCUUACAUUUGUAAAUAUGGUGGACAGGUUUGAGGGCAACACGAAACUAACAUCACAUGUGCCAAUAUGUAAAUGGCAGACUGCAAAUCGUGCCACAAAGCAUUUAUCUUGUUGCGUGUAGAUGUAUCAAUACAUGGUUGAUGUAUGUCAAUGUUUCAGAUGUAUUCAUGGAUGUAUCUACAUUCAAAACACUUGUACUAUCUAACUAUUUAUCAGGAGAUAUUUAUUGAUCAUGUAUGGUUCUGCUAGACAUGAUCUUGGCCGUAUUGAGUUGCUGAUAUGUUGAAGAGUUAUAUUUGACGUGAUGAAGUCGUGAGGUGAACUGAUGAUCAAGAUGGAGUGGGAGAGACACGUUUCCUUCCCCGGGAAACAGAACUGCUGUGAUGUCUUGUCAGACUUCAGACUGUUGUCUUGUACAUGGUGUAACCAUUACUGACCGAACUCUAGCAUGGGUAGAUCCAACGUGACCUAGUGGUGGGCACCUCUAGGUGUGUGAAGUCUUUGAAUGUGUCCUGACCCUAACUGGGCCAUGUGUCCAGUCCAUCAAUUUUGUUCCUCUGUCUGGUAACUCAGUUCUGUGAUGUGUAACAUGUUAGUGUUGCCCUAAUUAGAUGGAGAAAAUAUUCCCCGGUUGACAAAGACUUUUGACAAUGUCAAGACCCAAGCUCCUCGCAGUGACAGCCCAGUUAAGGAUUUCUCAUAAUUAUUUUAAUGGCCACAUGGUGGCAGCAGUGAUACUGGGAGGAUGACAAGAAGUGUCACUCACUGGGAUGGACCUUGGUCUAGACCUAGACUGAAAAUAGACAGCAGACUGGUGAAUCCCUCUGUAAUAGGUGCUUUAUAGGUCAGUGACCUUAAGACAUCUGUGUCAACAUGACAUUUGUCAUUUCACGGUAGGUCACUGUGACCUACUUCCAAUGAGGAACAUAUUAUGACAUUCAGUACUGCCCGGCAUCACAGAGACAUCAGGUUUUAUUAAUCUACUUAAAAUCAUUUUGACUAUUUUUAUAUACUUAUCACUUAUAUUGAGGUUCAGUUUUAAAGUCAUUUGCAGGGUUAAGCACUUAAAGUAUAUCGCCAGUGAUUAAGCAACCCCCACGUAAAAGGUGACCCCUUGUACAAAUCUUUAAAAUCAGUGCUAUGUUAGGUGAGUUAGCUGAGAUUUCAGAGGUUAGAUAUAGAUAUGACGUCCCAUUACUCAAGUCUUACAUGAAGGUCACAGCCAAGGUUGAAUCAUGACAUGUACUUAUUCUCUCACGUUUACUCACAGAUGGAUACCAUGGAACCUUUGUACACAUCUCCUUAAACUUGUGGUGUUAUGUGAUUACGUUGAUCUAGCUGUGAGGUCCACCAUUACCUUAUUUAGACCACCAGUUUAUAUACAGGUGUUAUAAAUUUUGUCCCAGAAACAUAGCCUGUUUUAAACUGGAUAUUGACCUUGACCUUGUAAGUCAUAUAGAUAAUCAGGUAAUAAUUAUUUUACACGGCCUGUGAUGGAAUAUUGAGUAAAUCAAUAUAAUACAAGAGAUCAAUUAUCAUUGAAGCGCUAUAGCCAGGCAUGCAGAUAAUGAUUACUGAUUUCUAAUUACUUAUUCCAGAUGCCAGUUGCCUUCAUUACCUCUUUCUAGUUUCCUCAAGUUUGGGAUCUGGCAUCUGGAUGGAGGACGGGAUGGUCGAUAUUAAAGGUGUACAAAUGACUUAGUGUAAAAAUUGCAUUCACUGACACACACACUGACACACACACACACACACACACACACACACACACACACACACAC